AUGACUGUAGCUAUAUUCACUUUAUUAUAUGAUGUUAGCUAUAUGCCUGGAUCAUUACUUUUAGCAUCAAUUCUUAGAGAAAUGAUGGUUUCCAAACCUGAAAUCAAAUUAGGGGUUUUAAUCGAUAAACUGGUAUUUAACCCUUAUCAAUUAGGUUUGAUUGAAAGCUUAUAUGAUGAUUUGAUUGAAGUUUCUAUGAUCGAAACUAAUUUACUUAAGACUUUAGUAGAAGAUUUGAAGAGACCUGAAUUGAAUAAGACUUUUACAAAGAUCCAUUUAUGGUCUUUAGAGAAAUAUGAUAAAAUUUUAUAUUUAGAUUCUGAUACUUUACCUAACAAAGAAAGUAAUUUAUUAGAUUUAUUAGAUUUGGAAUUUGCUAAAGGUAAAAUUUUGGCUAGUCCCGAUAGUGGAUUUCCUGAUAUCUUCAAUAGUGGGAUGUUUGUUUUAAAACCAGAUUCUAGUGAUUUCGAUAACUUAAAAGAAUUGAUCAAUUCUAAAGGUGACAUUUCAUUUGAUGGAGCAGACCAAGGAUUAUUGAAUCAAUAUUUUAAUGAAAACCCCGAUUGGGUUAGUGGAUUAUCUACUAAGAAUAUUGAUAUGUUAAAUGUCGAUAAUCUUAGUAAUUGGGUUAAAUUACCUUUCUUAUAUAAUGUAACACCUUCAUGUCAAUAUGAAUAUUUACCAGCAUAUAAUUACUUUUCCAGUGAUAAACUAUUUCCUAAUGGAAUUAAUCCAAUUAAUCCACCCAAUCCUAAAACUUCAAAAGAUUUAGCUCCAGAAUCUUCCGAUAUUGCUUUAUCAGGAUAUGAAUAUACUGCUAGGAAACAUUUUGGAAAUUUGGUCAAAUUGAUACAUUACAUUGGUCCUUUUAAACCCUGGAAUUAUCCUCAUUCUCCAUCUUAUCUGGAAUGGUGGUCUUUAUGGUAUAAAUAUUUUGAUAAGGAGACUUUAGAUCUGAUCCAAAAACUUCAAGAUGUUGAAGUCGAAGAAAAAUCUUCCAGUCCACAAAUAUAUCAAUAUUCUUCUAAAGAUUCACUUUGGGACCCAAGUAAAUCUUCACCACCAAAAUCUCCUGCAGAAACAUCGAGUUUUGUACCUAAGAAAUUUGUUAAUAAAUGGGAUAAAGUACCUUCCCCUCCUAAACCCCAUGUUCAAUUCCAAACUCCUAAACCUGAUGUUAAAGCUUUAGAGAAAGAAUCUAAAUUCGGUCACCAUUUCCAUCAAAAACCUGAAAGAGUAUUCAAUGAUUCACAAAACUUCAUUCCCCAACAUCCUAUGAUUGCUAAGUUGAAAAAGACCGAAAAACAAGAGAAACUUAAAGAGGCUACAGCCAAAGCAAAAGCUGAAACUUAUUCUCAAGGAGUUAAUGCUUCUGAAGUUAAUGAUAAAUUAGAAAAGCUUGCUUUGGAGCAAGACAAUACUCCUUAA